AUGGGGGACAUCGACCUCGUUUUGGAUUUUGCAGAAACCACGAAUCUGCGAAGGCUAGGCUCGGAGGUGAGCGGCUUGCCCUGGACUAUAAAUAUGGCACCAGCGACCGCAGGGAGGCACAGCUCGAGGGACCACGGACGGAAACAUGCGGUUCGUGGGAUUGACAUCGCUGCUACUUCUGGCGGCGGCGGCGACGACUUCGGCUUCGCCCGGAUUUGCCAAAGGCGGAGGUCGUCGCGGCGGAGGCGGCGGACGGGUCGUGUACGUGCCCGUCCAGGCGCCCGUGCAGCAGCAAGUUACGCACCAGUUCAUUCACCACGUUGCGGAGGCGGCGGCGGGGGAUAUGGAGGCGGUGGAUUCGGCGGAGGUGGAUUUGGAGGCGGUGGAUACGGUGGAGGCGGUGGUUUCGGCGGCGGUGGAUUUGGAGGCGGAGGAUACGGCGGUGGAGGCGGCGGAGGUGGCGGACCGCAUAUAUUAUUAGCAAAGGCGGCGGCGGCGGCGGCGGUGGAGGCGGAGGAGGAGGCUACGGAGGUGGAGGCGGCCAUGGAGGUGGAGGCGGCGGGGGAGGAGGAGGCAAAGGCGUCCUGUUCCUCAGCGGGGGAAGUAGCUACGGGAGAAAAUAACACGGUCCUCUCAGCACAAUUUCCAAAAGCUAUAUUAACUGAACACUUUUACCUCACAACUAUCCUUAAUUUUGUUUACAAUAAACACCAAAAAAAAGAAAAAAAUCCUAAUUUGAUUGACCUUCAUCAGACAAUGGCAACGUCCAAGGACAGUGGUGGCUCUGGGAGCAUCAGCCGUUAUAUCUUUUGCGUCAUGUAG